CGGAAGUACAGAAUUUUUUUUUUUUUAUCCCGUUGCCUGGUCUGUUUGUGUCUCGGGGUUUACAUCACUGAGAUAGCUGAUGAGAUGUCUGUGUGAUUCGUGUUUUGGGGACCCACACAGCUGAGGAAUCGGAUGAAUUGGUACUGCAACUAAGCUCAUCUUGUCUCCCUGUCCGUCCGUGAAAAGAUGAUGAUGAUGAUGGUGGUGGUGUUGAUGAUAAAUGUGUGAGGAGAAAGCUCCUGUGGUCCUGUUGCUGCACCGCACACUUCCUCAUGGAUUCCAGCAAUGACGACGCACUUGAUAUCAUUAUCACCAAUGUGGUGGCUACCUUCAGGACCAGGUGCCACCUCAACCUGCGCACCAUUGCGUUAGAGGGAACCAAUGUCAUCUAUAAGCCGGAAGGAGGGAAGGUCCUGAUGAAACUUCGUAAACCCAAAAUAACAGCCUCGAUCUGGUCCUCAGGGAAAAUCAUCUGCACUGGAGCAACAAGUGAGGAUGACGCAAAGCGGGGUGCUCGCAGGUUAGCACGCGUCCUGCAGAAACUUGGCUUCAAGGUGAGGUUUUCAGCCUUCAAAGUCGUGAACGUCCUGGCAGUGUGCUCCAUGCCGUUUUCAAUCGCCCUAAUAGACUUCACAAAGAAAAACCGACCCAUCGCCAGUUAUGAACCAGAGCUCCAUCCUGCUGCCACGUACAGGAUCAAACAUAUAAAGGCUACUGUACAGGUGUUCUCCACCGGCAGCAUCACAGUAACAGGACCAAAUGUGCAGAAUGUGGCCACAGCUGUUGAGCAUAUCUACCCACUGCUGUAUGAGUGUAAGAAACCCCUCCACAAAAAAUAGAAAAAGGCAGAAGGAAGGAGGCAACGAAGGAAAGAGAAGGCAUGACUGAUUUGUCCGUUACAAGUGAGGAAGCACCUUAUCCUUGGAUUUACUCGCUUGAUUUUAUGGCUAAGCGGCAACAGCCACAAACUUCUAACACGAAUCAACAGACUGGAUGUCGCCUGGAUUCAAAAAAGAAAAAACAACCCCCAGUCGGAGUCUUAAAAUGUCCCUAUCACAAAAAUGUAUUGUUGUUGUGGAUUGUGUAGCUCUUGUGAUUUUAACAGCCUAAAUUUGCAAGUAUGUCUUUAAACAUCAAAUCCUUCAGGGGGAAACUGGUCUACCAAACCUGACAUGAGACUGAAGGGAGAGGCAGGUAUUUAAUCUCAGUCUUAGAUUGGCUCCGGGUGGAUUUGCAUGGACACAGAAAGACCAGUUGUUCAAAAGUCUUCACCAUUUCAAUGCUUAGCAGUUGUGACCAUAUUGGAGAGUCAGAACUGUAGGUUAACACUAAGAAAACCUCACCUUUAACCCCUUUAUACAAGACGUCGUCACAUCUGCCACUUCCUCUAGAAGAAUCUCCGUCCAUGGCUCGUUUGUAGAUGUGUCAACGCAAAUACAAGGCAUCCACUGUAUUACCCGUAUUUUUGCCCAAAGAGAAAAACAGCUGUCUGUCAAACCAUAGACUAAGUCUUGACUGUUACACAUGUACUCAAAGUAAGAGCAGGUCCUUAUGCAGAUGGACAUAUCCACUUAUAAUAUACAUUCAUCUGAUUUUAAUUGUUGGUUUCUCGCAUUACCUUUUCUUACUUGGUCCGUUCACUGUAAAUGUGUUCUUGUUUCUCAACUGUGGCAUUGGAUCAGAAUGCACACAUUUUAUCUGAUUUAAUAAUUUCCUAACAAUAGUUUUAAACACAAGGCAAAUACGAAAUAUUUUUUUUUCUAGGCUGGACAAUGUACCGAACAAGAUUGCUGUUCUAAAUGUUUUGGAUUGUAAUGAAAGUUUUGGAAGGGUUAAGGGGUAUUUAAUGUUUCAGGUGGUGUGUUGAGCCACAAACUAACUCGCUUUCAUUUAAACAACUACUGGCUACGGGACUAACCAGAAAGACAGCGACUGGACUAACCAGUAGCUGUCUUAAAUGAAAGACAAAUACUGAAUACCAACCAGUAGCUGUCUUAAAUGAAAGACAAAUACUGAAUACCAACCAGUAGCUGUCUUAAAUGAAAGACAAAUACUGAAUACCAACCAGUAGCUGUCUUUCACUUUAGACAGCUACUGGUUAGUCCCAGACUUAAGUUGGGAUGAGACAAGGCAAGGCAUUGAAAAUUGGCGCAGGAAUAAAGUUAUUAAACACCGUCCAGAAUUGGUCUUGGAAAUUGCUGCAAAGUACCAGAAACGCAGUGACUCAAAAUGACUAAUGCAGCCGUUAAGUCAUACAAAGUUUUAUGGCAGUUAAUUCAGCACUCUCACUAGUCAAUAGGUGUGGCAGUGCAUUUAUCUGAGUUUUUGAAUGAACAUAAGACCAUGCACAGUGUUCAAGGAGCCCAUGCUUAUAGUGAUAGCCAGUACCUUAACUGUCCAAAAAAACCAAACCCUUCAUAUAAUAUCAUUUUCCUAAACAACAAAAAACAGUGGUUAAGUGUUUUUAAAUGUGAAAACCUAAUGACAGUCGACAUGGAUUUAUGUACUGAAUCUGAUGGAAAAUAUGUUGAUAAAAAACUUGGACAUGUUGUGUCAAGUAUGUGGGAUGGACUUUUUGAACCAGUGUCAACUGAGCAUUUGUGACAAUUGUUCAGAAUUUUGUAUUUUGUAUAAAAAUAAAGGUUAAUGAUAAA